ACUUGGAAGAGCCAAACAGAAUCCAAGAUGAAGCUCCUGAUUGUGGCUGUGGUUCUCCUCGUCUCCAUCCUUUGCCCUAAGGAAAGCAGCGCACUACUGAAACGUAGGGGUUCUGCGCACUCAGCUGAAAGAGGUUUUGGGUUUGAUAAAAGCGCUUCACGUGAAAUGUUGGCUCCUGCGAUGCUGCCUAGCACGCGUUGUGAGAUUGUGAAUGCAGCUGGCAGCAUCCUUGGGAUUGUUCCGGGUGCCGCUCAGAGCAUUUCUGAGAUUGUGAAUGCAGCUGGAAGAGUCCUUAAGACGUCUAUGAAAAUACCUGUAAUCCUUUGUAAGACUUUGGAGAACGUAGCUGGAAGAUUUCCUGUGGUUCCUGCGAUGCUGCCUAGAAAGCUUUGUAAGAUUGUGAAUGCAGCUGGCAGACUGCUUGGGAAUCUUCCUGACGUAGCUCAGAGCCGGCCUGGGAUUGUGAAUGCAGCUGUCAGAAUCCUCAGGAUUUCUAAGGGACAACCUAUUAUCCUUUGUAUGACCACCGUGAAAAACCUAGGUGAAACCGUCGUUCCGACCCCCGUAAGCAACGUAGGUGUAACCGUCAUUCCGCCCGUGACCAACCUGGUUGGAAACGUCGCUACG